AUGGUAGACGUUCCCGACACAUCUACGCGCUCCAUUUCAGAAUACACGUUACUCGAGUUCUUAGGCGAAGGAGCUACUGCCCAAGUCUAUCUAGCUCAACACGAAACUUCAGGGGCCAAUGUCGCUAUCAAAGUAAUUGAUAAGCUGCUUAUUCGUCGCGCACAGUUAGAGAACAAAAUUCGUCAAGAGAUGGUACUUCAUGCUGAGCUUCGACAUCCCAACGUACUGCACGUAGAGAGCGUCUUUGAGGAUGCUCGGAACUACUACAUGAUCCUAGAAUAUUGCGCUCAGAGGUCUAUUGCCGCUGUUGUUAAGACGCUUCCAAGUCGAAAACUGGACGAAAAAAUGGCCAAGAAUAUAUUUCGUCAAGCUUUAGCAGGCGUCAUGUAUUUACACGCCAGUGGGGUAAUACAUAGAGACUUAAAGCUCGCAAAUUUGCUCCUUAGUGACACAGGAGAGGUGAAAAUCUCUGAUUUUGGCCUCGCAACUAGACUUGGAGACAAUCAUGUAACCAUGUGUGGGACACCAAACUUCAUUGCACCAGAGGUGCUAAUGGCGGAAAAUGAACCUUAUGACGAGGCAGUGGAUGUUUGGUCUCUAGGAUGCAUUCUCUACUGUUUGUUAAUUGGAAAGCCACCGUUUGAGGGACGCAAAGUCGGUGAAACGCUGGAAAAUGUGGCAAAUGCAGGUCAAAAUCCACUUCAGUUCCCAGACGGAUUAUCAUCAUCUGCAAUUGACUUAGUUAAGCGUUUACUCACUUCGGACCCUCGCAGUCGUCCAUCUGCUGAACAAAUUUCACACCAUCCGUGGCUUCGUGAACAUUAUCAAAAGAAGAUGUCUUCUUCAUCGAGUCUCAGACACCACCUUUUAAGCGAAACUCAACGAGUACCUUCAAAUCUUCGUGCUGCGUCUCGAUUACCUGAAAGAAUACGUAAAAGCCGUCAAGCUUCACCAAAUUGCUCCAUCAUAGGGGAGGAAUAUGAAGAAUCAUCUGCUAGCUCUCCCGUUCUAGCAAUGGCAAGGCGACGCAGAUAUAAGAACAGCAAACAGCGCAGACCUCGACACGCUGUUUCAAGAAAGGUAAAAAUUUGUCAGCGUCAAUCAACAUCUGCAGGGUCGAGUAGUGCUAAUUCUAGCCCCGAUGACGACAGUUCAAGCAAUGAAGACAUUAACAAUCUUUCCGAGUCUUUACUGUCAAUAAAAUCUUUCGAUCACAAUGAGUCGGGAAGAGGAAAUGACAAUAUGAGCCAAGCAGACGCAACUCCGCAUUUUGAAGACUCGAGCUGUGCUCAUUCGGUCAUAUCAGUUGUUAUGCAUCUACAAGUGCAAUCAAUUUCAUGUUUCGGGAUUUGUAAUCGAAGUGAAGACGAUGCUGAUGAUACAAAGCUACAGUUGCAGUGGAGGUGCAAGGAACCGACAGAGAUUGGUGAAACACCGACGUUUGAAUUAGACGUGUCGAAUGGGUGGCGAGUAUGCUACGAUCCAAGAAUGGGUGUGCUUACAGCCACGACACCGGAGGGUGAAUUUCUUCGCUUCGAAAUUCCAGGCCUGAACAAAGCACAAAGUGGCUCCAACUCAGCAAUUACUGCACGUACCAUCUACCGUGUUAGAUUGCCGCUGCUAGUUCGAUUUUGCCAGUGUCUUGCCUUGCGAAUCUUGCAAUUGCGCCAGAUUGCACUGCGUAAUCAGGCCAGUAAAUUGCCAUAUAUUCAUUAUGACACCAUUCCAGAAUCACUGCUAGCAUCGUUUCAAUACCGGUUGAGCUUACUGACGCACCCACCCGCUACAUCUUUUUUGAACAAAAGCAACCAUGAUUCAGCAGACGUGAACUGUACUCCAUAUACUGAAAAGUCUAUCAAGCAGGUUGAAAUCUCAGGUGUUGGAUGUGGAUGUAUCGAUUCAACGGGCGAUUUAAGAGUAACAUUUCUCGAUGGAGCUCAGCUGACUCUAGUGGCAAGUGGACUUCAAUUACGAUUCCGGCCGUCAUGGGUAAAUGAUGCUGACCAUCAAGGUACAGAAGAUGUUUUUGAAUUGCUUACAAAUAGCAGCAUGUCGGCGUUUUUGCCCUCAAUUAGCAACGAUGGCCGACGUUUGGUUGAGCAACGACUGAAGCUCCAAGUGUGUUGGAGUCUUAUGGAAAUCUCGGAAGAACAACGAGACGACUUACGAUGGAGAAACAUAGAUUGUUCAGAAAGCAACAACAAAGAAGAUUAUCGUCAAUCUGUGCAGGAAUCUCUUACGCAGUUGCCGGACAACGUCCAAUCUACCGCUCCAUCUAUAAUUGUACCGUCGAAUACGGUGGCAGAGUCUUUGAUGGUCUCUAGCUUUGGAGGCAAUUGCCCACGGAAGGAAAAACUUCAUGUUGUGGUGAAUGAACUCAGUAAUAUUAAUGCAAUCUUGGCAACAGAAAAAGCUGAAACGACUUCGACCGUUUAUCCAGUUGUUUCUGCUAAUGAGCUUUUAGCAGCAAAUCAAAAUAUACUAUCGGAUGAGCUUCCAGCCGGUAGACCUGGGCCUUCGUGCAAGCCAAUAACUGAUUGUAGCCUUUUGAAGGCGGAGUCAGUAGUAGUUGAUAAGAGAGACAAUGACAAUGAAGAGACCAAUAUCAUUGGUUCAUUAUCGGCGAACAAGUUAUCAAGUGAUGAAAUGGUUUUGAUUAUGGACGAACAAAAUCUAGCAGAGUGGAAGACAGACGAAAAGUUUGCUGAAAUGCUUAAGCAUCUACAGCGUGGUAAACUUGAACACUUGGCGCUUCAAAUUGACGAUAUCACAAACUGCAAGCUCAUACAAGUUCAUGGAGCUCUCACUGAUGCCAAAGAUUCGAAACAGUCAAUGCCGUACGUGCGGACUCUUGUAUGUAUCGAUAUGCUUCGAUUAUUGCUGCGACGUGCAGGAGAGCGAGCUGUUUAUGAUUCCAUUUGUCAAGCGGUGCAACAAAUUAGUGAUAAAGAAGGAACACAUUACAUUACAAGUAGCAACAUCGCUGCCGUUGUACUAAAUGUGCGUCAAGACUUGACGUUAACAUUUAGCGAGGUCUCAUCACCUGGAUCUCAACGUCGACUGAGCAAUCCGGUGACGAACAGAUCUUCACGGGCUUUGAGUAUAUCAUCUUCUGCUGCGUCCUCGUCGCGGCGUGGUUCAUUAACAAGUUCCGCGGCUGAUCGUCGCAGCAUUUUGGCCAGAGAUGGUGCUCAUGUUCUUAUGCACGAAAAGAUUAUGGCUUUUGACUAUCGAGGGCAGACGAAUAUACCUUCAGCAUUUCGAGUACGUGGUGCCAGUCCCACACAUACGGAUGCCGCUGCCAGGCGACGUCAACGAGGACUGCAAUACGCCAACGAUCAUGUCUCGCAUCGUACCAUCAACUAG